CAGCCAGUGGAGCUCGCGCUGCGCAGACGGUGGGAGGCAGCGCGAGGCGAGGACGUGCGGACGAGCGUGAGCCAUGACGGGACACAGGACGAGCACGAGGGACGACUGACCACGCAGCAGUGUGGAACAAAUGACAGAAGAUUACGCACGAUGCCGGCAGCUGGAGAUCAAUCCGACACGAGAAACAGCUAAGCGGUGAAAGAUGCUGUGGACGUCUUUGCCUCCGAUGGAUUCCUAGAGUUUGCUCCGAGGCGAGUGAUCGCAGCGAUUCUACUCAAGGCGGCUCUUGGUGGAAGUCAGCGAGCGGGGGCCAGGAUGUGGCCCCCCGACCUCGGGCCUCCUGACGUCCAGCUGACUCUCCCCGGUUUUGGGAGUGUGUUCGAGGAGGCCGAGGACCUCCAGGCGCCGCUGUCCUCCGGCGGCCUGUGUCAGUCGUCCAUGCACUCGGGUGGCCUGUGCUGCCUGCCCAGGACGUCCCUGUCCCUGUCCUCCCUGGGGCGAGACCUCACCUCCUUACUCAGCUGCAAGACCAAUGGACCUCACAUAGAAAAGUCUGUGGAGGACUUCGCCACCACGGCGCACAUAGACCCCAAGAACACCCAGAGGUUCGGUUGUUACCCUCAGCCCUCCCUCCCUCUGUCCUACAUGCUCUCCGGCUGUGCCACAUCUCCCACUUUCUGCUCCCCCUCGUCCUCCGUUUCCUCCACGUCCUCCUCGUCGUCCUUAUUUUUCGCCUCUUCCUCGCCUCUGUCCGACGCCAACCACAAAGCGUCCGAGCAACAUCGAAAAGCGCAAGGCGACUAUCACCCCAUCAAACAGGAGCCCGCAGAUGAUUUCUUGCCGUGUAAGAGGGAGCCGUUUCAAAUGAGCAACCAGCAGGGGGGGCUGUUUCACGUCGGCCAGCCGCUCGAACGCCGCAGCGGUCAGGACGGCGCCCGGACCCCGCUGCACUCGCCGAAGCUGAGCGGCCCCGUGGGACAGAACCCUGCCGCGGACCAACAGGAGCUGGUGUGUCACUGGAUCGACUGCAGUGCCGCUCACGGCAGCCAGGAAGAGCUGGUGAGGCACAUCGAGAAGGUGCACAUCGACCAGCGCAAGGGGGAGGAGUUUGCGUGUUUCUGGGCCGGCUGCGUGCGGCGCCACAAACCCUUCAACGCUCGCUACAAGCUGCUCAUCCACAUGAGGGUUCACUCUGGAGAAAAACCCAACAAGUGCAUGUUUGAGGGCUGCGCCAAGGCCUUCUCCCGCCUGGAGAACCUGAAAAUCCACCUGAGGAGCCACACGGGAGAGAAGCCGUACAUCUGCCAGCACCCCGGCUGCCUCAAGGCCUUCAGCAACUCCAGUGACCGGGCCAAACACCAGCGCACGCACCUGGACACGAAGCCGUACGCCUGUCAGAUCCCCGGCUGCACCAAGCGCUACACGGACCCGAGCUCCUUGCGGAAGCACGUCAAGGCCCACUCGGCCAAAGGCCUUCAGGAGAGGGAGGUCAAGGUUCAAGUGCACGCGAUGCUGGAGUCGGACGUCCUGAGCGACUGUCUGGCCAGGCAGCAUCUCCACGGCUCCGCCUCUUCCCACCGCGGCGGCGGCGGCUCGGCCUUGCCGGGCUUGGACGACUUCGCAGGCGUUUACCCAAACAGCGGCGCCGUCCGCAGCCGGGCGACUUCAGACUUCCUCCCUCCGUCCGCAGACGCCUGCUCCAGGUAUCAAGGCCUGGAGGGGAACUUUGACGCCAACAGCCCGAUAUCUCCGUUAACGAGCCCGGGGAGCAUGAGAGAGGGGAACAGGCCGGCGUCGCUGUUCAUGGCCGCCGACGCCGGCCCGGCGAGCUCCUCGUCCGACGGAGCGGACGUCCGGCUGCAGGUCUACCACAAACCCUACAGCCACCAGCAGCACGUCAUCUCGCAGCAGCAGCAGCAGCAGCAGCAGCAGCAAGGUUGUCUGUAUGAGGAAGGGAAGGCGCUUCAACCGGUCAACGACGGAGGAUUUGAAGCCGCCGGCUACUUCACGAACACCUCCACCUGCCACUCCGCAGGGUUCGACUUGUUGCAGGACCUGCAGGGCCAGGCGGGCGGCGGUUACGCCAUGUCCCCCUGCCCCGACGACAGCUUCCUCUUCCAGGCGGGAGGCGUCGACCGCUGCCUCAAUCAGAUCUACUCCAUCUACCUGGACUCGUGAUGGCCGCCAGCAGCCGGACGAGGCAAAUAACCUCGAUAAAUCGCUUCGUUUUCUCUCUAGCAACCAAAUGAGAGAUGAGUGACGGACAAUCGCAUCAAUGGCCAAAGAGGGAAAUCUGGCCAGAUUAUAGAUGUAAAUAGCAGUGACUUUUUGAUUCAGAGAUGAACACAGCAUUUGUCAUCUGGAUGGAAUGAGCUAUAUGCCUCAUUUAUUAGUUUGAUCCUUUCGACAGUCAGACAUCCAGCUGAACGCUGCCUCGUCCGCAGCUCUGACACCAGGAAAUGAUGAAAACAAUAUUCAAAUGAACAGAAUGGGAUCUUUUGCGUUUCCCCAACAUGGGGUCGAUAAAUACAUGUGUUAGAGGUCGGCAGAUGAUGAAGACGUAGUUAAACAUCGUUCUGCGGCGCAAAAAUCCUACUAAUUUUUCAGAUUUUUCUCUAGUUGUCAUUUUUAUUUGUGUCAAAUUUACAUUUUGACAGAAUUCCAGCAGUUUGAACGAAGAGAUAUUUUGGGGUUCAACUGCUCAUAGACAACUCAUCGACAUACUGAAUGCAAGGUGCGAUGAGUGGCUGCAAAGUGCUUAAUUAUUAAAAUGUCACAAGCCAAAAAGGCUGGGAGCCAUUGAGUUAAUGGAAUAGUUUAAAAUCUUGCGAGAAAUAUGCUUAUUCGCCUUUUUUUGCCGAGAGUUAAAUGAGAAUAUUGAUCACAUUCUGAAAUCUGUAUAACAGCUUAGCUUUGGACUGUAAAACAGUGGGGAAAAGGCGAGUCUGACUCGGUUCAAAGACAACUGAAGUAGUGUAGCAACAUUAGCAAUAUAUCUCAUUUGUAUAGUAUGAAGAAGUGUAAAAAUGACAGCUCAUCAUUUGCAGGUGGAUUAUGCGACGGACAAUUUCUUUGCCACAAGUGUAGCGACGUCCCAGACUCAUUAUAUUCAUAUUUUCCCAAAAAUGGCUAUCUAUUGUUUUAAAGUGUGAGUUCCCCUCAGCUGCCAAAAAAUAAAUUUGCACAACUGUGUCACUGAGCAACCUGCAACUGCUGCACAGGAGGAGAGAGUGAACUGCAGUAGUGCUGCCCCCUAGUGUCUGAAUGAAUGUACACACUCCACACACACAACCUGAGGAGCAGAGUGGGUCAGUGAAUCACUCCUGGGACGUGAACUCUGAGGAGCAGAUGAAAUGAAUCAGCAUUAAAAUGUAUUUACAGUCCGGCUGUCAUGAUCUGAGAGGUGCCAACGACUGAGUUUUAAUUAUGUGUAUUCUAACAAGCAAUCAAGACAGAAGCAUAAUCAAUCUCCUUUUUGUUUUUUUAUACAUUUGCCUCUUGUUCUCUUCUGCACAGUGCCUUGUACGUGUUUGUUGUACAGUUUCCAUCAGUGUGACUUUCCAUCGAGGGAGGUGUGCAUUGUUUACAAUAAGUUCCCUGCACUUUUUUCUUUCCCGGAAAAAAAAAAAGACCAACCGGAGGGAAAAAAAAAUGUUUACACUGAUUUUGUAGCAAGUCAGAGAUUUCAUAUUAUUGUCGUUGUUGAACAGUGUGUAAACAAUGUGUAUAAAAAAAAUUGCAUCUUGUCUUUUAUAUCAAAAUAAAAAGUUUGUUUGUA